UUGGCGCCUUUAUAAACUCUGAGAGAAAAUUGGAAAGUUUGGGCGGAAGUGAAUUUCCCGAAAUGCACUUUUGCUUCUCUACUGAUCGAUAGGUGGCGUAUAAGGGGACGUAAUUCUAAUUGCAAGAUGGCUGACAUUCCAGCUGAUGCCCCUGAACACUGUCCAGGGACAGCUAGUGAGGCUGCGGGGAAGGCGGCUGCCUGUCAGGGAUGUCCUAACCAGAAUGUAUGUUCUGUCUUACCAAAAGGACCAGAUCCAGCGGUUGCUGAAAUAAAAGAAAGAUUAUCCUGUGUGAAGCACAAGAUUGUUGUGUUGUCUGGAAAAGGCGGAGUUGGUAAAAGUACUUUUACAGCUCACUUAGCCCAUGGAUUAGCUACAGAUCAUACCAAACAGGUCGGAGUACUAGAUGUGGACAUAUGUGGACCAUCAAUUCCCAGGAUCUUAGGUGUGGAGGGGGAACAGGUCCAUCAGAGUGGAUCUGGCUGGUCCCCAGUGUACGUGGAUGACAACCUGUCUGUGAUGUCAAUAGGCUUUUUGUUGGGCAGUCCUGAUGAUGCAGUAAUAUGGCGUGGACCAAAGAAAAAUGGCUUGAUCAAACAGUUCCUGAGGGAUGUGGACUGGGGCGAGAUCGACUUCCUCGUUAUAGAUACCCCUCCUGGUACCUCAGAUGAACACCUGUCUGUAGCCCAGUACCUUAAGGAUGCACAGAUAGAUGGCGCUGUCAUCAUCACCACCCCUCAGGAAAUGUCAUUGCUUGAUGUAAGGAAGGAGGUGAACUUCUGUCGGAAGGUCGAGAUGCCCAUCAUUGGUGUGGUAGAGAAUAUGAGUGGCUUUGUGUGCCCCAAAUGUAAGAAUGAAUCUCAGAUUUUCCCACCAACAACCGGAGGAGGAGAAAAAAUGGCUGCCGAUAUGGACGUUAGAUUUCUGGGCAAACUACCUUUGGACCCUAGGAUAGGUAAAUGCUGUGAUGAGGGGAAGUCCUUCCUUACAGAGGUACCAGAUUCUCCAGCCACCGAAGCCUAUGUCCAGAUUAUCAACAAAAUUGUCGACCAUUGUAACAAAUAUGCAGCUAGUAAAGAGGCAGAGACUGGUGAACAGAAGGAAGCCAACUAAUAAGGGAGAUUGUAGUAUUAGGAAUGUCAGCACCUUUAUAGGCCUAACACUUCAAAUUUUAUACACCAUAGAAAAAUAUUCUUAAUGUACUGCAAAAAGUAUGGAACUUCCAUGGUGUAGAUCACCAUUACUAUGCCAUGAUAUUGUUAAUUCUGACAGUUGUUAGUUAUAUACUGGAUACAUGCAAAUUUUAUAAAAGUGUUUUCAUCAGGGUUUAAUGUGCUUGCAACAUGUUUAGGUCAACUGAAAUUAUUUUGAAAAUUGUAGAAAAUGACUUGUAUUAAUCACUUUUUGGCCUGAUGGAAGUGGGUAAAGGGUUUUACUGUGGAAACCAAGAGUACCUUGGGGAAAAUCUAUGGUGCCCAUUACGAUUUUCCUCUCAUCAUAAUAUGUUACAUAUGAAGGUUUAUAUUUUCUUAAAGAGCAUAUCUGUAGAAAUUAAUGAUCUCAUGUGAAGCGUUCACCAUCAAAGGGUGUCAAUGUAAUUAUGUUGUUACGAUAGAUGUACUGGUACACUGUAAAUCUUGUGUUACGGUAAAUAUCCUACAGUACUGGUACACUGUAAAUCUGGUGUUACAGUAAAUAUCCUACAGUACUGGUACACUGUAAAUCUGGUGUUACAGUAAAUAUCCUACAGUACUGGUACACUGUAAAUCUGGUGUUACGGUAAAUAUCCUACAGUACUGGUACACUGUAAAUCUGGUGUUACGGUAAAUAUCCUACAGACACAGUACUGGUUCACUGUAAAUCUGGUGUUACAGUAAACAUCCUACAGUACUGGUACACUGUAAAUCUGGUGUUACAGUAAAUAUCCUACAGUACUGGUACACUGUAAAUCUGGUGUUACGGUAAAUAUCCUACAGUACUGGUACACUGUAAAUCUGGUGUUACGGUAAAUAUCCUAAAGUACUGGUACACUGUAAAUCUGGUGUUACGGUAAAUAUCGCACAGUACUGGUACACUGUAAAUCUGGUGUUACGGUAAAUAUCCCACAGUACUGGUAUACUGUAAAUCUGGUGUUACGGUAAAUAUCCCACAGUACUGGUAUACUGUAAAUCUGGUGUUACCGUAAAUAUCCUACAGACACAGUACUGGUACACUGUAAAUCUGGUGUUACGGUAAAUAUCUCACAGUACUGGUACACUGUAAAUCUGGUGUUACGGUAAAUAUCCUACAGACACAGUACUGGUACACUGUAAAUCUGGUGUUACGGUAAAUAUCCUACAGACACAGUACUGGAACACUGUAAAUCUGGUGUUACGGUAGAUAUCCUACAGUACUGGUACACUGUAAAUCUGGUGUUACGGUAAAUAUCCUACAGUACUGGUACACUGUAAAUCUGGUGUUACCGUAAAUAUCCUACAGUACUGGUACACUGUAAAUCUGGUGUUACGGUAGAUAUCCUACAGUACUGGUACACUGUAAAUCUGGUGUUACGGUAAAUAUCCCACAGUACUGGUACACUGUAAAUCUGGUGUUACGGUAAAUAUCCUACAGUACUGGUACACUGUAAAUCUGGUGUUACCGUAAAUAUCCUACAGUACUGGUACACUGUAAAUCUGGUGUUACGGUAGAUAUCAUACAGUACUGGUACACUGUAAAUCUGGUGUUACAGUAAAUAUCCUACAGACACAGUACUGGUACACUGUAAAUCUGGUGUUACGGUAAAUAUCCUACAGUACUGGUAUACUGUAAAUCUGGUGUUACGGUAAAUAUCCUACAGUACUGGUACACUGUAAAUCUGGUGUUACAGUAAAUAUCCUACAGACACAGUACUGGUACACUGUAAAUCUGGUGUUACGGUAAAUAUCCUACAGUACUGGUACACUGUAAAUCUGGUGUUACAGUAAAUAUCCUACAGUACUGGUACACUGUAAUUCUGGUGUUACAGUAAAUAUCCUACAGUACUGGUACACUGUAAAUCUGGUGUUACAGUAAAUAUCCUACAGACACAGUACUGGUAUACUGUAAUUCUGGUGUUACAGUAAAUAUCCUACAGACACAGUACUGGUAUACUGUAAUUCUGGUGUUACAGUAAAUAUCCUACAGUACUGGUAUACUGUAAAUCUGGUGUUACAGUAAAUAUCCUACAGUACUGGUACACUGUAAAUCUGGUAUUACGGUAGAUAUCCUACAGUACUGGUACACUGUAAAUCUGGUGUUACGGUAGAUAUCCUACAGUACUGAUACACUGUAAAUCUGGUGUUACGGUAAAUAUCCUACAGUACUGGUACACUGUAAAUCUGGUGUUACGGUAAAUAUCCCACAGUACUGGUACACUGUAAAUCUGGUGUUACGGUAAAUAUCCCACAGUACUGGUACACUGUAAAUCUGGUGUUACGGUAAAUAUCCUACAGUACUGGUAUACUGUAAAUCUGGUGUUACGGUGAAUUUCCUACAGUACGGGUACACUGUAAAUCUGGUGUUACGGUAAAUAUCCUACAGACACAGUACUGGUACACUGGUGUUACGGUUAUUGUCCUUUUGACAUGUGUACCUAUAAUAGUGCUUUUUGUGUCAAACAAGUGCCAAAGUGAUCUCUGCAUUCACAACUCCAAAAAGUAUAUGCAGAGAAAUUUUAUUUCAAUAUUUUUUUUUACAGAUUGAUGAACACAUUUUGUACUGUAUAUAUGUCUUGUUUUGCUACUAUGUUGUUUUAUAUAUUGUGAUACAUUCUGGUCAUAAGGAUGUAGUGGUAUAUUUGUGGUGACUAUUCCAGUGAAUUUGAUUUUACCUAUAUUAGUCUAGAUGGCUAUUAAAUGGUUGCAAAUUUGCAUUGUCGCUCACAAUCGAUUUCUAUUUUACGUCUCUGUACCAAUCUGAGUAGUACAGCCUUUUUGCAACAUAUGGUAGUCAUCCUCAAAUAAGCCCCUCCUCAUGAUAAUCCCCCUUCUUCAGUUUUGCAGAAUCAUCUGUUUUAAUAUAUCAAGCUGAAAGUGGUUGACAGUUAUGCUCUCCUGAAACUUUAAGACUUCAUUUUUAUAUGAGGGGAGAGGUCUUAAUUGAGGAUAGAUAGGAUAAAUGUUUUUAAUGUAAAUGUUUAAGUUUUCAAUAUGGCUAUGCUUAUUCUAACAGAUGGGAUGAGUGACCUAAGGUCAUCCACUGCUGUAAAGAAUGGUGUCAAAUGUGGGCACAGGGUUACAGCUGAUUCAAUUAGAUCAGAAAGAAAUAUCUUAAUAACCAGGAUCUAAUGUUGGACUUAAUAAUAAUAAAGAACUUUGUUAUCACUUAAUUUGUGUAGAGGAAAUUUCGGUACUUGUAAGCAGGGAUAGCAAAACUACACUAUUUGAUAUUUGAGCCACUUUUUAUUUAUGCUGUAUACCGGGUAUAUAUUACACUAACUUCUGGAAUUAUAAUAAAAUUGUUCUCAGUAGGGACAAACUUCAGCAAUCAUACAAGGUUAUCUUUGGAUUUCAUACUCUAAUGUUCACAGUCAAACAUUACACAUAUUCAAGGGAGAUUACUCAUAUUUUCUGAAAUGUGUAUGAUGUACUAGUCAUUUCAAACGAGAUUUCUUGUAGAUAUCUCAGGGUUGCCUUUGUGUUUGACUUUAAUUAGUUUCAUUUUUUUUGUUUGUUGAAGUUUUCUAAAUUAUGUAAACAUAUCUUAAGUAGAUUAUGUAAUAUACAGUUUUUCACUGUGAUUUGUGCCUUGAAACAAAAUGGAAAAUUAAUAUUUCUCCACAUUUUCAUUUCCUUACCACUAGAGUUACUUAGAAAGGCUAUGAGUGGAGCUGACAGAAUUGAAACACUAGACAACAAUGGAUUGGGCCUACAAAGGGCCAAAAUUUGCUACGUUAAAAUUAUAUUUUGAAAAAAGUAUUGAUAUAUAAAAAUUAUAUAUAUAUAUUAAAUGGUUAAUUUUCUUUCCAGGAAGAAGGGAGUUAAAUAAGAUAAAUCUGGUACUUUUUCAGUAGUUUUUUUACAACGAACAAGCAUUGUCUUCAAAUCAAAGUUUGACUGUGACACUGGGUAGAUUGAUGUAAAUUUAUUCACUUGCUUCUAAUAAAGUAUGUGAUUUUAAUAA